GUCUCAUAACACUUUUAUCCUUCUGCAGUGGAAGCAUCAGUACACGGAAGCAAUGUACACUGCACAGAUAAGACAAUUGAAGCUGCAGAGGCCUUGCUUCAUAUGGAGUCUCCUACCUGCCUGAGAAAUGCCAGGAGUCCUGUGGAAGUUUUGGUCCCUCCUUGUGUGUCAACCCCAGAGUUCAUCCAUGCAGCCAUGAGGCCUGAUGUGAUCGCAGAAACUGUGGUAGAGGUGCCAGCAGAUGAAUCUGAACCAAUGGAUUCAUCUCCUGCUCGAACGUCCCCUGAUAUCCAUGAACGAAUGAAGAAGAAAAAAGCUGGCCGUAAACCCAAGAGCCAACAAUUGACCAUUUCAGAUGGGUCUCCAGACCUAGGUAUAAAGAAGAAACCUAGAGAAGGCAAAGGAAAUACAACAUACUUAUGGGAGUUUCUUCUGGACCUUCUCCAGGACAAAAAUACUUGUCCUCGUUAUAUUAAGUGGACUCAGCGAGAGAAAGGAAUCUUUAAGCUUGUGGACUCGAAAGCUGUCUCCAAACUAUGGGGAAAACACAAAAACAAACCUGACAUGAACUAUGAGACCAUGGGAAGAGCUCUGAGAUACUACUAUCAAAGAGGAAUCCUUGCCAAAGUUGAGGGACAGAGGCUCGUUUAUCAGUUUAAGGAGAUGCCAAAAAAUAUAGUUGUCAUCGAUGAUGACAAAAGCGAACCCUGCAGUGAAGAUUUGUCAAUGCCUACAGAUGAGAAGUCAUUGGAGAGAGUGUCUUUAUCUGCAGAAAACCUCUUGAAAGCAGCGACCUCUGCACGCGGAGGAAAAAACUUGUCUCAGUUAAGCUGUACCAGAACAGAAAAAGCAGUCACCAGAGUGGUGAAUAUUGCCUCACCAGCACACGAUUCAUCAUCAUCUCGCCCCUCGACAACCACUACUACUGUCCCAGCGUCGUCAGCUCCCAGGACUGUACGUGUGGCAAUGCAAGUGCCUGUUGUAAUGACCUCUCUGGGACAGAAAAUUUCUACUGUGGCAGUGCAGUCAGUAAAUGCAGGGUCGCCGUUAAUUACCAACACAAGUCCAACAACGGCAACAACUCCAAAGGUAGUAAUCCAGACAAUCCCUACUGUGAUGCCAACCGCUUCUGAGAAUGGAGACAAAAUCACCAUGCAGCCUGCCAAGAUCAUUACGAUCCCCGCCACGCAGCUGACGCAGUGUCAGGUACAGACAAAACCAGGCCUGACUGGGUCGGGAAGUAUCAACAUCGUUGGAACCCCGUUGGCUGUUAGAGCACUGACCCCGGUGUCCAUAGCUCACGGGACACCAGUGAUGAGACUAUCGGUGCCUGCGCAGCAGGCGUCAGGCCAGACUGCCCCCAGGGUUAUUAGUGCAGUAAUAAAAAGCCCGGAAGUGAAAUCAGACACAGCGGCUGUAACGCAAGAACGUGAAGUGAAAACGCUGCAGCUCUUACAGGAAGAGAAGACGGCAGAUGGGAGCAAGACUGUAACCCAUGUUGUGGUAGUUAGUACGCCCUCAGCUAUUGCGCUUCCUGUGACAAUGAAAACAGAAGGAAUCCUAACGUGUGAGAAGUGAAGAACAGGUUGCUUCCAGCGUGGACUUACGGACUGUUACUGUUUUGUUUAAACUGACAUAACUGGGGAGGGAAGUGGAGGCGAUCGCCACGUCAAAAAGGAGAGCGGGGAAGUGUUAAAAAACAUGAGUUGCAUUGGAGACUUAGUGGGGAGAAAAAGAAGUAUUUUUCCCGUGUUUCAGUGGGAAUGGAACCACAUUGCUAUGCUGACAGAAACGGCCUCUUCCAGUCAGGAGACAGCUGAACC